UUCCCAGACCAGUUUACGUCAUCAAACGGUGCAUAUCCGUGUUUCACAUUUAACAAAAACGGCAAAGCACAGCAGAAUGUUUCAGGGGGUGGCAAAGGAUUGGACAUGAUCUUCUUCUCUGACCCUAAUGACAUUUAUCAUUCACAGAUGAUGAAUUUAUCACGUUUUGAUGACCAAAGACGUGGUAUUCUCGUACAGAUACACGACCCAAAUACUGAGGUAUCAUUGGAUCAGUCUUCAAGCAUUACCAUAUCACCUGGCUACUUGACGGAGAUCGUCAUCAAAAGAGUGACAACAAGUAGAAAGAAGCACCCCUUCCCAUCAAAAUGCCACACAUCCAAAACAACAAAGUACAAAUUAAUUGGUGGGAGGUACACGAGGUCAAAUUGCAUUUCAUCUUGUUUUCAGUUGAAACUGCAAGAGGAAUGCGGAGACAUCAUGAAGCCAAACAAAUCAGCCACACAGAUAUUGUGCGAGAGCGAUAUGUACAGGAGACAACCAAUUGAAGACUGUCAAUGUCCUCAACCUUGUUAUGAAGUCGCCUUUCCCAGAAUCGUUUCUAUCAGCGUCUGGCCUCGAAUGUUUCAAUUUGAAUCAUUAAUAGAUGAUUUCUCUAAAAUGGCGAAUACAUCCGAUAACAUGACGUUACAAUAUAUGCAGAAGCGGUUUUCUCAAGUUAAAAUCUAUUACCAAGAUUUGUUGGAGACAAAAUUAAGCGAAGAGGAGCUGUACGGAAUUACAAAUUUGCUCAGUGAAGUCGGAGGACUGAUGGGGCUUUUGAUUGGUUCUUCAGUUAUUUCAGUCGUAGAAAUCAUUUGGCUGUCUGGAAUAAUUAUCAAAAAGCUGUUUCGUAGCGCUUUCUCACAAACAGAGAAAGAGCUAAAGGAAAUAAGUACAAUAAAAAACUCCGACAUAGUUGUAUACAAUCGCACUGAUCAUUUAGUAAAUGCAACUGGACUAGUUGACUACAAAGAGCUGAUCGACUCACCUGGUUUGGCUUACAGUCGAAGACUCGAACAGACCGUUUAGAUAAAGAGAAAGACGUAGAAAGACCAGCAAUCUGGCUUCAGCUACAUAUCACAAGUUCUGUUUGCAAAGAGGAAUUUUUCUUGGAGGUUUAGAGAGCUACCCCGUCAAUAUAUAAUCAUUGCAUGCCAGAUUUUUUGCAUUGCCAGUUUUGCUGUACUCAGCUUUCAAACACAUUCAUUGCAUACGUAUAUCUGACUGUAUCUUCCCGAAACUUCAGUCAUGCAACCAUGGCAUUCUUCUGCCAAAGAUUCGGAAAUCAAAUAAACUUGUUCAAUUCAUUCUGUUGAAAUUAAUCUAAAUUUUACGCGAAUUUCAAAGAUUUCUCUCUUCGGAUACUUCAGCCUUACAUAUCUAUAAAUAAAUAGACUGCCUUUCCCGACAACAGAAGGUUUGAAUGGUUUGUCACUGACUGUAUUUCUUCCGAAAAUCGCUCCGGGAACAAGUAUAUUGCUUUAACUAAUCAACUGAGGCAGCCUUUCCACUUACCCGGGUUAAAACAAAAACGGUUUAAAAUGUAUCCGUUUUUAAAGUGAGUCAAUGAAAACGCCAGUUUGUUUGAGCUUGUUCUAAUCCGUUUUCGAUCGUUUCCACUAAGCUGGGUUAAGAUGUACCCAGGGUUAAAACAAAAAUGGUUUAAAAUGUAUCCGUUUUUAAAGUGAGUCAAUGAAAACGCCAGUUUGUUUGAGCUCGUUCUAAUUCGUUUUUGAUCGUUUCCACUAAGCUGGGUUAAGAUGUACCCAGGGUUAAAAUGAAAACGGUUUAAAAUGUAUCCGUUUUUAA